CCUCAAUAUUGAGAAUAUCUCAAUGGUUAGCAAGCCUAUACUAGUCUCUUCAAGCAUUCUUCACCUCAUAUGAAUAAAUGAUGCAUCCACCUAUAAUUUCAACAAAAAGAGAAGUACAAGUCAUGUUGAGUUAUCAACAACUGCUUAUGUAAUACAUUAAUUAACUUCAUAGGUGCUAACUAAGUAUUUUGAACAAAAAAACAUCUCACAUGAACAAUUUUAAGGAAUACACAUCUAGUUCAAGUUCUACCAAGAUUAAUAACAAGAAAACAAAAGAGGGCAGAUGGAGGGUGAGAGAAGAGAAGAAGAAAAGAAGUACCUUCUAUAAACAUACUAAACAUGGAAGGCAAAUGCUGCAUCAUCAAAUGAUUCCUGAAUUUAGUACAAGCAAGCCAAGGAUUUAGGAACUUCCAUCCAUACUUUUCCAUGGAGCAUUUCCUAGCUCCUAUGCACAUCAUCUUCUUCGCCUACAUAAGUUCACAUGUAAAAACAAUCUCAUAUCAGUCUGAAAAAGUAAGCAGGUUAGGCAAUUUAACCCACUUCAUUGAAGGUGAAAUUAAAGUCCAAUCUCAACUACUGUAAUGAGAGAUAUUUGUCCAACCUAACGGGCAAUUGACUGGUUGAACCCACUAGCAUACCAUAAACAAGAACUUUAAAACUAAAAGCAAAAUCUCACUAUUUUCCAAGUAAAUAGAAGCUCCUUCAAGACGAUGGAAUUCAUUCACUCAAAACCCUAACUUUCAAAUUUCAACACUGGCAAGAAAUUAAGCACGAAAUACCCGUAGCGAAAACCCCUCAAUUCUGUCCUCUGGCGCUGCUCCUUCAUAUACGACCUUCCUCCGCCCAGAUCUCGCCACCCAGGUCUUCGCUGCUGCAUGCAAAAAGCAUAAGGCAGUCCCAAUGAGUUCUUUCCUCUGUUUAAGUCGGCAGUGUCGAGUGACUCCCCUGUUGGAGGCGGUCAGUAGCUCGAAAACCAAGGGCUGGAUGCGGUCUCCACCAUCGCAGUCGGGUCUCGCCGAGGAAUAUGGGAGCGUUGAGGAAUUUGCUCGAGGUCGGAAAGAAACUACUCUUCACCGUGCCGUUGUGCCCUCGCGAUCUCUCCGUCUCCCUGCCCUCCCGCACCUAUCUAUCUCCAACAAAGGAAAGUCAGGCGACGACAAGGGAAGGCCAGGACGCCUGUUUGGGAUGGGGAUUUGGGGUUUUUGUUUGUUUAGAUUUGGGAAUGGGUUUGACAAGAAACCUUCUGCCCUAGCCCAUUGGUGGUGGGUACCAGAGAGAAUCGAGGAGGGAGGAGGAGCAGCGGCGGCAAAAGGCAUAAGAAGAAGAAGAAGGUGGGGUGGAGACUCAUCGGCGAUGUUAGAGAACAACGAGAAGAAGAGAGGAGCAGUGGAGGCGUUGGAUGAGGGAAUGGGGUUCGGCAUACAGAGAAAGCAAAGAAGAUAAGGUUUUAUGUGUUUGUUUGAAUAAACGGUGGAGAUUCAUUUAGAUGAAGGGCUUUGAUAAAGUCUUUAUGGGUUAGGGUUGGAAGGGCUCUCCGUUUGGUAUUUUCCUUAUCUUAAAUCUUAAUAAAAACAUUUAAAAUUUAACCCUCCAGUCCUCCACACCUCAGCCUUACCUGCUUCUUAGUAAUUUUUUCCUAAAAAUAUUUUUUAAUUCAUUUGGCGGAUCCUUAAGUAGGUUACCAAAAGUGUGAUUAUUUCAUUCACAAAGUAAUUUACAAUGAAUACAUAAUGCUUUAUCACAAUGAAAAAAAUAUUCUUGAUAUAGUAUCAUUAAGUAUAACCAACUAUUUUGACAAUGGUUGAUGAAGUAUUUACUUUUCGGCAACCAUCUUUCAAAUCGUUGCUCAAACUUUGCACAAUCGGCAACCAUUUCAGUAAUAGUUGCUCAAACAUCAAAUACUAGCAACUAUUUUGAUAAUGGUUGCUGAAGCAUUGUUAUUUCACCAACCAUCCUUUAAAUAGUUGAUCAAACUUUGCUCAAUCGGCAACCAUUUAAGUAAUAGUUGCUCAAACACAGGUACUGACAACUAUUUAGAUAAUGGUUGCUCAAGUAGUGAUUUUUCGACAACCAUUUUACAAGGUGUUCCUCAAACAACAGGUACCGGCAACUAUUUAGAUAAUGGUUUGCUCAAGUAGUGACUUUUCGACAACCAUUUUACAAGUCGUUGCUCAAACUUUGUUCAAUCGACAACCAUUUAAAUAAUGGUAGCUCAAACAUCAAGUAUCAUCAACCAUUUUGAUAAUGGUUGGUAAAGUAUUGAUUUUUUGACAACUAUUUACCAAAUGGUUGUUGAAGAGUUAAGUAUUAGCAACCAUUUCACAAAUGGUCGCAGAAGUUCUAUCUUAUUGCAACCAUUUUAUGAUGGUUGCUCAAAAGUUGGGCAUCACCAACCAUUUUGUGAAUGGUAGCCAAACACCAAGUUAUCAGCAACCAUUUUCUUAUGGUCGCUAAGAAAAUGGUUGCUGGAACCAAUUUUUCUUGUAGUGAAGGUUCUAGUAGAAACCAUAGAACCUUGUGUUGGUUUUAAGUUGAAGAUGUGGAACCUCAUGCUAUGUUUGCCACAACCCAUAAAAGCCUUUCCCCCAUGUCCUAGACCCUAGCCAGUCAUUCGAACCCUUAUCUAAGACCUCCGGACAAGCUAGUGAUGACGCCCAUCCUUGUGAACUCUAGCAUUCCUCAUGCUUUGUUCCUAUCAUGUAUCGCAGUGAGGACCUAAUUUGCUCAUUCAUUUGUUCUGAUGACCUGAUCUCGAUGCAUGAAUGACUAUGAUUGGCGAGUCAUCAUUACAAGUUAUGUAUUAGUUUGUGAACAACGUGAGGACUAUUCCAUUACACGGUUCUAUUGCAUUCGAAUGUCGUUUGUGGUAGUUGUCAAGAUUCUAGUUAUUGUUGUCCUUAUAUAUGUCGAUGUCUAAUCGCCAUUGAGAUCCAUUUAUUUUGCGCCCUAUGAAAUUCCCCAAAGUUUUCAAGAAAGAGGUUGUAAGCUUACCUUGUUUUUCACUUAGUUUGCUUGGGGACAAGCUUACGUUCAAGUGUGGGGGAUUUUAAUUUGGGCAUCAUUCCACAUGUUUUACCCCCUCAUAUAUUGAUUUUUUUACUUGAUUAUCAUCGUUCCUCGUCCUAUUUUACGUGUGCUUCUUUUGUCACAUUUCAGAUAUUAGUACGUGUGGGAAGGUCGGGUACGAGUUUCAGGUCAUUCGGAGGUUAAAAUAAACCAAAAAGUGGAGG